CCUGUCACGCUGUCACUUGGCAUCUCGAUAUUCGUCGGUCUAGUGUGUUGUGUUUGCAAAAAUUUGGAAAGACUUUUAUUUGUAUAUAUCGUUUUUAAUUUUUCAAAUUUAGAGAGUAGAUGAAGGAUAUAUUAUGCCUCGAAAUUCAAAGGAUAAAUAUGAACAGCCAUCGUCAUCCUUUAGUGCAGGAGGUGUUGCUCGAAAAGCCCAGACCUAUCUAUUGUCUGAAGAACAAUCUCAUACCAAAAAACCAUGGACUGAGUUGGAGAUAACAGGGACUAUUCGCAAUCUUAGCUGUAAUUUGUUUCACAUGACACAUUUAACAGGAUUAAUUUUAAAAAACAAUAGUUUACAUCGGAUUCCUCCAGAUAUAUGUCAUUUGGUUAAUCUUCGUAACUUGGACUUAAGUUAUAAUAAGUUACGGUCACUGCCAGCUGAGUUAGGGGACUUAAUCCAGUUACGGGAAUUGCAUCUUAGUCACAAUCUUCUGAGAAUAUUACCCUAUGAGCUGGGCAAGUUAUUCAACUUGAUGAUUUUGGGAUUGAUGGGAAACCCACUCAGUAAGGACAUCCUAACGAUCUACAGUGAACCGAAUGGAACGCAGAAGCUGCUUACCUUCAUGCUGGACAACUUACAAGUUACUACCCCUCAACCUCCACCUAGACCAUGGAUACCUUUAGCUAGGCCGACUGCAAACAGACCAGCAUGUAUUUUCACUGUAAUGUGUUACAACGUACUCUGUGACAAGUACGCCACUAGACAAAUGUACAGUUAUUGCCCGUCCUGGGCUCUUAAUUGGGACUACAGAAAAAAGGGAAUUAUGGAAGAAAUACAGCACUAUGGUGCAGAUAUAAUCAGUUUACAAGAGGUGGAACUAGAACAAUUUUAUAAUUUCUUUAUGCCCGAAUUGAAAAACCAAGGCUACCAUGGCAUAUAUUCGCCCAAAUCGAGAGCGAAACACAUGGCAGAGUCCGAAAGAAAACACGUAGAUGGUUGUGCGAUAUUCUAUAGAACAUCAAAAUUUACUUUAAUAAAGGACCACUUAGUAGAGUUUAACCAAUUGGCUAUGGCAAAUGCCGAUGGAUUAGAGCAUAUGUUAAAUAGAGUGAUGCCAAAAGAUAACAUCGGUUUAGCCGCAUUGCUCCAAACAACAGAAAAUGCUUGGGAAAAUGCGCCACCUGAUGCGCCCUUUAUCAAACAACCGAUUCUGGUUUGUACGGCGCAUAUCCACUGGGAUCCCGAAUUUUGUGACGUCAAACUUAUUCAAACAAUGAUGCUAAGCAACGAGCUCAAGUCAAUUUUAGAAGAAUCUGCUCAAGCACUUCGAUCUAACAAUGUCAACAUUUCUGAUUCCAGCAGUAUUCAGUUGGUUUUAUGUGGAGAUUUCAACUCGUUGCCAGAUUCAGGUGUAAUUGAAUUUUUAAGUACGGGCAGGGUAUCACAGGAUCAUAAAGACUUUAAAACAUUUAGCUAUAAGGCUUGUUUAGAAAAGAUUCUCAGCUGUGAUAAACCCAAUGAUUUUACGCAUUCCUUCAAACUGGCAUCUGCAUACAAUGACGAAAUUAUGCCAUUUACAAAUUACACGUUCGAAUUUAAGGGCAUCAUUGAUUAUAUAUUUUAUGCGAAAAACACCAUGACACCUCUAGGUCUUCUUGGUCCAAUAUCGCAAGAAUGGUUAUCGCAAAACAAAGUUAUCGGUUGUCCACAUCCUCAUGUAUAUUCUGAUCAUUUUCCUCUCCUGGUUGAACUCGAAAUGGUACCGACGAUAACUUCAUCAAUAAAUGGGAUUAUCAGGUAGCAACCGGCGGUGUGACACUAGAAAUUAGCCAUUGUCGCCUUCGCAUCGCUGUACCUGUUGGACAUUUUGUCACUCCAUGCCAUCAGACAGAACUGUUACUUUAUUCACUCACCCAGUGUACAUUUCGGAUGUACAUAAACCUUUUCAUAAAUUCUUAAUCGGUACCUGACGGCCUCACUCCGAAUAGGAUGUCAAAAAUUAACACAAAAAUCAAAUGACUUUUUUUAUAUAACAAUCAAGUUACAUUGUAAGGUUGUAUAUGUAAAUAUUCAAAGAACGCACAUAUACACAUCGUCAUCGCUGCUAUCAUCCCAAACUGAGGUUGCUGUGAUUUUUUAAAUUAUAUUUAUGUUUACCUUUCACGUAAUGUAAAAUUGCUGGGACCUAAAAUGUAAAAACUGAUUGAUGAAGUAUAACACAAAAUAAAAAUCACCGCGACCUUGAUAAUAUUCAUUUUUCAAAAUGUUUUUAAUUGUUAGACUUAUAAAUAAUUAAGUCGAUUUUUGUUUCUAAAAGUAAUUGGUUUUCAAGUCAAACUUUUGUUAUACAGGGUUGUUCACCACAGACGACACGGAGUAU